AAAGUGAAGUCCCAAGCGCUCACGCUAGCCUCUCAUUUCCGCCUCUCUCUCUCCCCCCCAUCUCUACAGAGGCAGCAGCAGCGGCGGCGGCGACAAGGGAAGCCGAUGGCCAUGGCGACCUCCACCUUCUCCCCCCCGGCCUCGCAGCUCUCCCUCACCCGCCGCCGCCUCCACCCGGGCCCCGACCUCCUCACCCUCUCCUCCCCGCGCCUCCGCGCCGGCCUCCGCCUCGCCCGCGCCGCCGCCGGGGAGGCCCCCGUGGAGACUGUCGAGGCGCCGCCGAGCAAGCCGGAGGCCGAGCCGUCCCCCGCUGCGUCCAACGGGGCCGCCGUCAAGGCCGAGAAGCCGCCGGCGGCGGCGGCGGCGCCCCCGCUGCCCAAGUUCCGGGACUCGAGGUGGGUCAACGGGACGUGGGACCUCAGGCAGUUCGAGAAGGGCGGCGCCGUCGACUGGGACGCCGUCAUAGACGCCGAGGCCAGGAGAAGGAAAUGGCUUGAAGAUUGUCCAGAGGCAACUAGCCCUGACGAGGCCGUUGUCUUCGAUACUUCAAUCAUACCGUGGUGGGCAUGGAUGAAGCGUUUCCAUCUCCCUGAAGCCGAGAAGCUAAAUGGCCGUGCUGCCAUGAUUGGCUUCUUCAUGGCAUACUUUGUUGAUAGCUUGACCGGCGUGGGGCUUGUCGACCAGAUGGGCAACUUCUUCUGCAAAACCCUACUGUUUGUUGCUGUGGCUGGUGUGCUGCUGGUCAGGAAAAACGAGGACAUAGAGACAGUGAAGAAGCUCAUCGAUGAGACGACGUUCUACGACAAGCAAUGGCAGGCAACCUGGCAAGAUGAGUCCCCUUCUCAGCCCAAGAAAUAGCUCUGAAGUGGAAUCUGAAUCUGAAUCCUCCCUAUGUUGUAUUGUAUCACUUCUUUUUGCAGCCCUUUUCUCAACCCAUUUAUUAGUGAGGCUCAGUACAUUUUGAUGAUCUUAAUACCUAUGACGUCUUGUAAAAAGUACGAACUCGUUUCUGUGCUAGAGGUUAACGUUGCUGCGGGUUACUUGGUUGAAUGUUUUCUUUGUGAGAAUUGCUUGUACUAGUUACUC